ACACAGAAGGUGCGGACACUAACGGUACGGAGCAGCCUAGGUGACAGCACCUCAACCCAUCCGAGCAGAGCCCAGCGGAGCAGGGCAGGUUCAUCGAGAGGGCGUCGGCGGGACCAUGGAGAGCCGAUUCACAUAUGAAGAUUGUCAGAGCACUGCAGAGUGGCUCCUGUCCCACACCAAGCACCGACCUCAAGUGGCAGUGAUCUGUGGUUCUGGGUUAGGAGGUCUGACUGAUAAGUUAACUCAGACCCAGGCCUUUGACUACAGUGAGAUACCAAACUUUCCCCAAAGUACAGUGCCAGGUCAUGCUGGCCGACUGGUGUUUGGGUUCCUGAACGGCAAAGCCUGUGUGAUGAUGCAGGGCCGGUUCCACAUGUAUGAAGGCUACCCGCUCUGGAAGGUGACAUUGCCAGUAAGGGUUUUUCAUCUUCUGGGUGUGCACACCCUGGUGGUGACCAAUGCAGCUGGAGGGCUCAACCCCAAGUUUGAGGUUGGAGACAUCAUGUUGAUCCGCGAUCACAUCAACCUACCUGGUUUUGGGGGUGAGAACGCUCUCAUAGGGCCCAAUGAUGAGAGGUUUGGAGUUCGCUUUCCCGCUAUGUCUGAUGCCUAUGACCGGGAGAUGAGGCAGAAGGCUCACUGUGUCUGGAAACAAAUGGGGGAGCAGAGAGAGCUACAGGAAGGCACCUACGUUAUGUUGGCAGGCCCCAACUUUGAGACUGUGGCAGAGUGUCGUCUGCUGCAGAAGCUGGGUGCAGAUGCUGUCGGCAUGAGUACAGUACCAGAAGUUAUAGUUGCAAGGCACUGUGGACUUCGAGUCUUUGGCUUCUCCCUCAUCACUAACAAGGUCAUCUUGGAUUAUGAAAGCCGAGAAAAAGCCAACCACUUGGAAGUACUAGAGGCUGGGAAACAGGCUGCGCAGAAAUUGGAAAAGUUUGUCUCCGUCCUCAUGGCUAGCAUUCCUGAC